GUCUAAUAAGCGAUGUUUGUGAAUGACGCGACCGUUACAAUUCAAAAAUACUUAACGGUCAAAAUCAAACAGUCAGGUAGACAGAUUUUUCUCUCCGUUGUAAAAAAGUGAAAUAAUAAAAGAGUCGCGGCACCAGUUUUCCUGAAAAUGGCUAGUACGCCCUUUAAAAAACCCCUACCGUGUUCUAGCAGCACAGAAAGUUUACCCACUUCCGAGGAUGGAGCUUCAACACAAACUUCGGGAGACACCUAUGCAGACAUUCCCCUGGUACCCCUUUUCGACGAUCUGAUGAGGAAAAUAGACGCAUUAAAGGGUAACAAAACUCACUAUUUGGAUACCUGCAUAAAUCUUGCCGAACAGAUCAAAUUUCUGUUCAGUGAACAUAAAAUCGCCUUGUUAGAAUGUAGGAGGUUGUUGAAGGAACUGGACAACAAAGUGCAAGAAAACAGCGAUAUUUUGAGGAACCUUCAAAAUGCCAGAACUAUGUUGGACAAUGAAAAAAGAAAACGAAGACAAGCAGAGAAAGAAAGGGAUAAUUUGAGACACAAGUUUUCAGAGUGGUGUAUUUCAUUGUUGAGGGAUGAUGAGAAUAGGAUCUUAGAUAAGUAUAGAGAGGAGAUGGUAAAGAUAAACAUCUAUGAGGAUCAGACAUGGAAACAUUCCAAUGCUGAUCAUGGACAUGAAGAUAAUCAUUUGAGGACUAUUCCAGAAAUUAACUCUACAGGGUCAAUUUUGUCAGAUUUGAGCUAUUCUAGAUCUGAGGAUGAUUUAGACAGCUCAUACUGUAAGACUCAAAAGAAGAGGGAAGCAUGGAAGACACUGUACCCUACAACUAAAGAAGAACCAGCUUCUAAAAAGAGGCGUUCAUCAUCUAAUGCAGCAGUAGAGAUUGGGCCAAAAGAUACUGUAAGAGCCACCACUACAUUGACUGUACCAAAGCAUGGACCUAUCACUGCUACAUCUAUUAUUGAAUCAUUACCCCAGGGUGACCAACAAAAUGGUGGGCUACCAGUCCCGCCAGACAUGGUCUUUGAAUCAUGGGCUCAGAAAGGAGCAACUCCUAAAGCUACAACAGACAUCACUGCAAAAGGCACUCCUCGUUCAUAUCUUGGGACACCGCAUCAUACAUAUAAGGGCACUCCAUAUGCAGGAACAUACAAGACUCCUAACAUGGAGAGCAACAACAAUCUGAGGCAACACUGCUUCCAGCAGAAGACGGCUAUGGUUCCAGAAACAUGUUUAGGUUGCAACAAGCGCAUCAAGUUCAGCAAACGCCUCUCCAAGUGUAAAGAUUGCAAAUGCGUUUCCCAUCCCGAGUGCCAGGACCUGUUGCCGUUGCCUUGUGUUCCCAGCGCUUUCACACCUAACCAGAGAAAAAUCAUAAGCGGAACGGUGGGGGACUAUGCCCCUCUUAACCCGCCUAUGGUGCCGGCACUGAUUGUGCAUUGUCUUACGGAGAUUGAGCAGAGAGGGCUCAAUGAACUGGGUCUAUAUCGCAUCCCCGGCUCUGAGAAAGACGUCCGCGACCUAAAGGACCGUUUCCUGAACGGCAAGGGCUCCCCGAACCUAAAAGACCUAGACAUCCAUGUACUAUGCAGCUGCGUGAAGGAUUUUCUACGGUCACUGUCAGAACCCUUGGUCACUCACCAUCUGUGGAAGGAGUUCGCACAAGCGGUAACUGCCAGAGAUGAAAGAGAUGUGCUGCCUGCGUUGUAUCAUGUGCUAGGGCAGUUGCCGAGGCCAAAUAGGGAUACGUUAGCGUUUCUCAUGCUGCACUUGCAAAAGGUUGCAGAAUCUCCAGAGUGUAAAAUGCCUUUGGAAAACCUGGUGCGCGUAUUUGGACCUACCCUUAUGAGAUAUAGCAGCGACGACCAAAAUCUGGGAAAAUGCAUGGAAGAGACCGAAAUGGGCUUCAAGGUGGUAGAGAGGAUGAUUCAAAUGCCUACAGAUUAUUGGCUAAGUUUUGUGAAUGUAAACACAAACGAUGCACCUGGCAAGUUACAGCAGACCCCGAGCACAGAUUCGUUACUCAGGCCUAACACGGGCAAAUUUUUGACACCCAGAAGAGCCAAGAGGCUUAGAGAACACAAGAAUAAGUUUUCUACGCCUCCGUUUAUGAAGUAACUGCGACAUUUAUUCGUUAUCGUACAGGUAAUAUGUAAACGAUAGCCUAACUGAUAUAACCGAUUAAGCGGGAAGUUAUGAUGAAAUCAUUGAAUUUAUUUACUGCUACCGAUCUACCACAUUAAUAAAGUGUAUAUUUAUAGAUUCAUAUAAUUGCCUCGAAACUGUACCAACAACAAUAAAGUAGCACUAGUGCCUAUGUUGAACUUUUAUUUCUUGUUGCGGAAUGGUUUACAGUCGGGAAACAAUCACAAUAGUGUUUUUUAUGCUACCGACUAUGAAAUUUCGAUAGUGGUUACUUUGGCAAGUAACAUAUAGCAAAGGUGUAUAAAAUAGUACAUCAGGUCCGUUAAAGAAUAAGUCCAGUUUUCUAUAUUUUCUUCAAAAUGAUAUUAGAGAUGACAUCUAUAGCCAGACAGUACUGUUUCAACCACCUCUGUCAGACACCCUUAAACUUUAAUAAAUUGGAGUUGGACUUUCGUCAUAGUAAAGCUGAGAUUUAUACUGAGUGUCCAGGAACAAAUUUCCCUUUUCAAAGGAUAUUAAAAAAUUGUCUUGAAGUUUUAAAAUUAAUUUAUUGAAGCAAAAAUACACACAGUAUAGCCCCUUUUCAAGUUUUAAAAAUUAUAUUGUCGAGGUGCCAUUCCGGUCGAAAUACUCCUGCAAUGCCAUCUUCAUGUGGUAAAAAACUGCUACGCAUAAUUCAGGUGUAAUUGCUCGAAUUUCUUCCCGUAUUUUUUGUUUCAAUUCUUGCAAAUUCCUAGGCCGAUUAACAUAAACUUUACUUUAAAGGUAUCUCUACAAAAAAAUGUCACAUGGGGUGAGAUCUGGAGACCUCGCUGGCCAGUUUAGAUCUCCAAAGCGAGAGAUGACCUUUUCAGGGAAUAAUUCCCGAAGCAUUGCACAAUAACGAUCACUAGUCACAGUCUAGGCUAUGCUACGUUGGUUCUCAAAAAAGAACGGACCGAUAAUUCCUAAAGCCGACAUUGCAUACCACACAGUUACUUUUGGGCUAUGUAGGGGCUUUUCGUGUUUUUGCCUUGGAUUCUCUGGUGCCCAAUAGCGACAAUUUUGCUUAUUAACUGCGGGUGAAAGUGCGUGUCGUCACUGAACAGAAUAAUGUUAAUUCGGCCGUUUGCAAAAAAAAGGUACGACGGUUUGUAAAGUCAUUUGGGUUUAAUUUUUGCACUAUUUGAAUGAAGCUUUAAAUCUCUCCUUAAAUUAGUGUGAAAAGAUUCUUUACGCAAACCUGUGAGGUUUUACGAACAGAUCGACUUGGAUUUUGAAUUAGAGCGGCGCGUACAGCUUCAACAUUCUCAGGAGUAGUUACAGUCCUUAGUCGACCAGGGCGUUUCACAUUUAAAGCUGACAAUUUUCUCUAAACCUCUUCACCAACGAUUUCACUAAAUUUUUACUUGGUGCGUCCUCCACACGCUAAUAUUGAAGUGAGCACAAAACAUUCGUCUUGCAAUUGAGUACGAGUCAUUGUUCUUCAAAAUAUGCCUCAAUAAUUUCAACUAAAUAAUCCGCAUGGAUUCACAAAAAAGGGAAAUGUAUUCCUGGAUACCUUGUAUAUGUUACUUGGGGGACUAUCAAAAGACUGUACCCCAGUAGCAAGCUUGUUUUAAUGGGUUUUAUUUUGAGCGAGUCACAUUGCAAGCCUGCAAUUUACGAGUAUAUGCUGAAUAGUGUCUUUCGAAUUUAUCAAAAAAUAUCAUUGCAUCGAAUUAUUUAUGAUUAAAGACAUUUAUCCAAUAAAAUAUUCAUGUUAGAAAAUCCAUAAAAAUCCAACAAAUGAAGGAUUUUGUCAACUUUCCUAAAAAAUUCAAUUGUUUACUAUAGGGAGGAAUAGUGUUUAUAGUAAGAAAUUCAUUAAAAAAAAAAUAGGUUUAUUUUCAUAGUCAUACUGGUAUUAUUAAAUGAAUCAGUUGGUGAGUUUGUCUGUUGAAUAUAACUUUUAACACUGUUAUUGCUAUUCUAUUUAUUUAUUUCCGCUCCACAAAAAACAUCGUAUAGGAAUUUUCAUACAUUUUCAAAUCUAAAAAAACCUAUAUCUAACAAAAAACAGUCAAAUAGUAAAAAAUUAAGAUUUAUCGGCAUAUACCACAAUAUCCUUUCACACUAUGAAAGCUAUUUUCAAUUAAAUACUUUUUUAAGAGAUUCUUAAAUGUCUUUAGACUGUGGCAAUUCUUUAUUUCCAAAAGAAGUAGGUUAAACAUUUUUAGGCCAUUAAUAUUUAGGGACUUACACAUAAUUUGAGUUCUAUAGGUAGAACUGCCGUCUUUGGUCCUACGUUCCAAGAAGUUUCACAUGUCUAUUUUUCUCUGUCUCUGAGCAGUUUUUCGUUUACUUGGAAAUCAUUCACCGACGCUAUUAUAUUCCAACGCCUUUGCCCUUCAGUGUUUCAUUUUGCCUAUAUUGAGUCAGUUAAUAAAGGUACUAGUUAGUUGUUCUAUGCUUAUAUACUUGGAUUGUUUGGCAAUGAUCUGGAACUAAUAGUAAGGUUAUACAUUUAUUUCUAUAGUUAUUUGGACUUAAGUUGUAUCAAAAUAAUCUAUGUGAUGUUGGUAAUCAUAUCCAGGGUAUCCUGAAAAUUGGGACUUGGCUUUUCAAAAACUGUCGUUUUGAAAUAACAAAGCUAAUUUGCUGUAAAACAUCAGCAAAAACGUAAAAAGGAUAUUGAAGAAAAGUACUCAUUGUUCGUUUGAUUAGGAAUUAGAAGUUCUGCCCUGUCACAUGUUUUAUUCAUAAAUACUCUUGUUGUUUCAAACACACAAAGGACCGGCUACAAAACAUAUGGAAAAUGUGUUUCAGUCGAUUUGUCUAAGAAUUCAGUUUGAUAUAUGUCUUGCCUUCUCGAAGAAAAGUGUCCUUGGAACCUAAGCAAUCCUAUGAUUAGUUUCUGAGAAAUAGGUGGAUAAAGUUUGCUUUGUUUACCAAAAAAAAAUGGUGAAUGUGCCGAUUGUAGGUCUCAGACCAAAAACUCGGAGAAUCAGUAUACUUAAAGAGAUAUCUUUUAUUAAAGCAGCUUGUAGGAAGGUGUUGAGAGGUGUCAGGCUGACCAUGAUCCUUACAAGUUCAGUUUCAGGGCAAGUUUUUUAUAUGUCUAUGCUGGAAUAUAUCUGGAACGAGUUGCUCGAGAAACUUGAAGAACGGGUAGCUUAGUUGAUGUAGUACUUUUAACGAAUUUGAAAAUCUACAAAGAUUACCGUUGAAUAAAAAGCUUACGCUUUCAUUUGACCUUGUAAAUUACUAAUCAAAGACAAGGAAACAACCACGACUUUUUUGUCCCCUUGGAAAGCUACCUGUCCUAUUGAUUUUUCUGAAUUUAGAGCAACUCAUGCUAGAUCUAUUUCAGCAUAAACAUAUGAAAAUCAACUUGCCUUGUAAGGAUCAUGCUUACGAUCAACAUGACUCAACACACCUUCCUACAAGGUGUUUUAAUAAAAUAUUUCUUUUAGUAUAUUGAUUCUCCGUGUCUUUGAUCUUACAACAAUAGGCAGAUUUGGACCUAUGGACACUUUUGUUCGGGAAGGCAAGAAAUAUAUCAUACUGAAUUUUUAGACAAAUCGACUGGGACCCAUUUUCCAUAUGUUUUGUGCCUGGUCCUUUGUGAACUUCUUCCUUAAUUUGCAACAUUUGGGGGAGUCUUGGGCCUUUUACUCAACUGCCUUUGUACGAUGUAAAUAUACUCGCAAAGUAUCAGUAAACCUUUGGAGACACCAUAAACUAACAUUCAAUCUAUAACUUCGUUAUUGCUAUGGGAAGGUGCCGAUUUUGGGUUUUUAAAUCUGUAAAUAAGCUAGGUUAACCUACACACCGCGCGGCGCCUGAGACUGAUGCACAUCGUACCACAAAACAUGUUACUUUUUCAUGUAGCAUUCUGGAUUGGGAUGGACCAUUCUGUGUUUUUCUGAACUCAAUGUCUUGCUAUAAAAACUUGCUUGUAAAGGAAAGUCCCAACUUUUCGAAUACCCUGUAUUUUAUGUACUUAAAAAACACGGUUUACGUUUUCUAAGUGUAUUUUACAACAAAUAUGUUUGAAAUGAAGAAAGCGACAAGAAUGAAUGUAUGUGAUAAAGCGAUUGUGUGUACGCGUUUAUUUAGUAGUUUUUUUAUAUAUUUUUUUUGUUUAAUUUCAUUCUAUCCAACAUGAACAAUUUUGAGC